AUGGACCUGCUGAAGAAAUGGAUUUCCCUGCUGUUGACACAAGAGACGGUGUUGUUAGAUGAUAAUGACAGUGAUAACAACAGUGCUAACAACUGUGACAACGACAGGGAUAACAACAGUGAUAACAACAGUGAUAACAACAGUGAUAACAACAGUGUUAACAGAUGUGAUAACGACAGUGAUAACAACAGUGUUAACAGCUGUGAUAAUGACAGUGAUAACAACAGUGAUAACAACAGUGAUAACAACAGUGUUAACAGAUGUGAUAACGACAGUGAUAACAACAGUGUUAACAGCUGUGAUAAUGACAGUGAUAACAACAGUGAUAACAACAGUGAUAACAGCUUUGAUAAUGACAGUGAUAACAGCUGUGAUAACAGCUGUGAUAUUGACAGUGAUAAUGACAGUGAUAACAACAGUGCUAACAACUGUGACAACGACAGGGAUAACAACAGUGAUAACAACAGUGAUAACAACAGUGAUAACAACAGUGUUAACAGAUGUGAUAACGACAGUGAUAACAACAGUGUUAACAGCUGUGAUAAUGACAGUGAUAACAACAGUGAUAACAACAGUGAUAACAGCUUUGAUAACGACAGUGAUAACAGCUGUGAUAAUGACAGUGUUAACAGCUGUGGUAACAACAGUGAUAACAACAGUGAUAACAAGAGUGAUAACAAGAGUGAUAACGACAGUGAUAAUGACAGUGAUAACAACAGUGAUAACAGCUGUGAUAAUUACAGUGAUAACAACAGUGAUAACAACUGUGAUAACAGCUGUGAUAAUAACAGUGAUAACAACAGUGAUAACAGCUGUGAUAAUGACAGUGAUAACAACAGUGAUAACAACUGUGAUAACAGCUGCGAUAAUGUCAGUGAUAACAACAGUGAUAACAACUGUGAUAACGACAGUGAUAACAACAGUGAUAACAACUGUGAUAACGACAGUGAUAACAACAGUGUUAACAGCUGUGAUAACAACAGUGAUAACAACAGUGUUAACAGCUGUGAUAAUGACAGUGAUAACAACAGUGAUAACAACAGUGAUAACAACUGUGAUAACAACUGUGAUAACAGCUGCGAUAAUGACAGUGAUAACGACAGUGAUAACAACAGUGAUAACAACAGUGUUAACAGCUGUGAUAACAACUGUGAUAAUGACAGUGAUAACAACUGUGAUAACGACAGUGAUAACAACAGUGAUAACAACGGUGAUAACAGCUGUGAUAAUGACAGUGAUAACAACAGUGAUACCGACAGUGAUAACAACAGUGUUAACAGCUGUGAUAAUGACAGUGAUAACAACAGUGAUAACAACAGUGAUAAUGACAGUGAUAACAACAGUGAUAACGACAGUGAUAACAACAGUGAUAACAACUGUGAUAACGACAGUGAUAACAACAGUGUUAACAGCUGUGAUAACAACAGUGAUAACAACAGUGUUAACAGCUGUGAUAAUGACAGUGAUAACAACAGUGAUAACAACAGUGAUAAUGACAGUGAUAAUGACAGUGAUAACAACAGUGAUAACAACAGUGAUAACAACUGUGAUAACGACAGUGAUGACAACAGUGUUAACAGCUGUGAUAAUGACAGUGAUAACAACAGUGAUAACAACAGUGAUAAUGACAGUGAUUACAACAGUGAUAACAACUGUGAUAAUGACAGUGAUAACAACAGUGAUAACAACUGUGAUAAUGACAGUGAUAACAACAGUGAUAACAACUGUGUUAACAGCUGUGAUAAUGACAGUGAUAACAACAGUGAUAACAACAGUGAUAACAACUGUGUUAACAGCUGUGAUAAUGACAGUGAUAACAACUGUGAUAACAACUGUGAUAACAACAGUGAUAAUGACAGUGAUAAAAACAGUGAUAACAACUGUGUUAACAGCUGUGAUAAUGACAGUGAUAACAACAGUGAUAACAACAGUGAUAACAACUGUGAUAAUGACAGUGAUAACAGCAGUGAUAACAACUGUGUUAACAGCUGUGAUAAUGACAGUGAUAACAACAGUGAUAACAACUGUGUUAACAGCUGUGAUAAUGACAGUGAUAACAACAGUGAUAAUGACAGUGAUAACAACUGUGAUAACAACUGUGAUAACAACAGUGAUAAUGACAGUGAUAACAACAGUGAUAACAACAGUGAUAACAACUGUGAUAAUGACAGUGAUAAUGACAGUGAUAACAACAGUGAUAACAACAGUGUUAACAGCUGUGAUAAUGACAGUGAUAACAACAGUGAUAACAACUGUGAUAACAGCUGUGAUAACAAGAGUGAUAACAACAGUGAUAACAGCUGUGAUAAUGACAGUGAUAACAGCUGUGAUAACGACAGUGAUAACAACAGUGAUAACAGCUGUGAUAAUGACCGUGAUAACAGCAGUGAUAACAGCAGUGAUAACAACAGUGAUAACAGCUGUGAUAACAACAGUGAUAACAGCUGUGAUAACAACAGUGAUAACAGCUGUGAUAACGACAGUGAUAACAACAGUGACAACAGCUGUGAUAAUGACAGUGAUAACAGCAGUGAUAACAGCAUGCUUUGUGCCGGGGAACUACAGCCGGGGAACUACAGCCGGGGAACUACAGCCGGGGAACUACAGCCUAGGGAACUACAGCCUAGGGAACUACAGCGAGGAACUACAGUCGGGGAACUACAGACGGGGAACUACAGCCGGGAACAACAGCCAGGGAACUACAGCCGGGGAACUACAGCAACUACAGCCAGGGAACUACAGCCGGGGAACUACAGCCGGGGAACUACAGCCGGGAACUACAGCCGGGGAACUACAGCCGGGAACUACAGCCGGGGAACUACAGCCGAAACGACAGCCGGGGAACUACAGCCGGGGAACUACAGCCGGGAACUACAGCCGAGCAACAGACAGGGAACUACAGGGGAACUACAGCGGGGAACUACAGCCGGGGAACUACAGCCUAGGGAACUACAGCCUAGGGAACUACAGCCGGGGAACUACAGCCGGGGAACUACAGCCGGGGAACUACAGCCGGGGAACUACAGCCGGGGAACUACAGCCGGGGAACUACAGCCGGGGAACUACAGCCGGGGAACUACAGCCGGGAACUACAGCCGGGGAACUACAGCCGGGGAACUACAGCCGAGCAACGACAGUCGGGGAACUACAGACGGGGAACUACAGCCGGGGAACUACAGCCUAGGGAACUACAGCCGGGGAACUACAGCCGGGGAACUACAGCCGGGGAACUACAGCCGGGGAACAACAGCCAGGGAACUACAGCCUAGGGAACUACAGCCGGGGAACUACAGCCGGGGAACUACAGCCGGGGAACUACAGCCGGGAACUACAGCCGGGGAACUACAGCCGGGGAACUACAGCCUAGGGAACUACAGCCUAGGGAACUACAGCCGGGGAACUACAGCCGGGGAACUACAGCCGGGGAACUACAGCCUAGGGAACUACAGCCGGGGAACUACAGCCGGGGAACUACAGCCGGGGAACUACAGCCGGGGAACUACAGCCGGGGAACUACAGCCGGGGAACUACACCGGGAACUACCGGGAACUACAGCCGGGAACUACAGCCUGGAACUACAGCUGGGGAACUACAGCCGGGGAACUACAGCCGGGGAACUACAGCCUAGGGAACUACAGCCUAGGGAACUACAGCCGGGGAACUUACAGCCGGGAACUACAGCCGAGGAACUACAGCGGGGAACUACAGCCGGGGAACAACAGCCGGGGAACUACAGCCGGGAAGUACAGCUUAAGAACAACAGCCGGGGAACUACAGCCGGGGAACUACAGCCUAGGGAACUACAGCCGGGGAACUACAGCCGGGGAACUACAGCCGGGGAACUACAGCCGGGGAACUACAGCCGGGGAACUACAGCCGGGGAACUACAGCCGGGGAACUACAGCCGGGAACAACAGCCGGGAACUACAGCCUAGGGAACUUAAGCCGGGAACUACAGCCGGGGAACUACAGCCGGGGACUACAGCCGGGGAACUACAGCCGAGCAACGACAGCCUAGGGAACUACAGCCUAGGAACUACAGCCGGGGAACUACAGCCGGGGAACUACAGCCUAGGGAACUUCAGCCGAGCAACGACAGUCGGGGAACUACAGACGGGGAACUACAGCCGGGGAACAACAGCCAGGGAACUACAGCCGGGGAACUACAGCCGGGGAACUACAGCCGGGGAACUACAGCCGGGGAACUACAGCCGAGCAACGACAGAGUGA